AUGCCGAACUCCACAUCCAGUGAGCCCGGUUCGAGGGUCUCCGACCCACAACACUCCCAGAAGCUCCUCAGAGUUCUUCGUACUUUCUGGCAGGAGCAAAGUUUCCACGAUGCCCUGCUGGUGGUUGAUGGAGAGGAACUUCCUGUUCAGAAAAACAUCCUGGCUGCUGCCAGCCCUUAUAUCAGAACCAAACUGAACUACAACCCUCCAAAAGAAGAUGGUUCCACCUACAGAAUAGAACUGCAGGGAGUUUCUAUGGCCAUCAUGAAACAGAUCCUGGACUACAUCUUCAGCGGUGAAAUCACGCUCAGUGAGGACACCAUCCAGGACAUGGUGCAGGCGUCGGACCUGCUGCUCAUGACCGACCUGAAGCUGCUCUGCUGCCAGUUCCUGGAGAGCUGCAUCACCGCCGACAACUGCAUCGGCAUCCGCCUCUUCUCCCUGCACUACUGCCUGCACCACGUUCAUCACGCCGCCACCGAGUUCCUGCAGACGCACUUCCACGACGUGGCGCUCACCGAGGAGUUCAGGGAGCUUCCUCACGAUCGUCUCUGCGAGCUGCUGGCCAUGGAGAAGCUCAACGUGGGGAACGAGAAGCACGUGUUGGAGGCGGUGGUGCGAUGGUUCGCCGACGAUCCCAACGGCCGCAGGGUCCACAUGAAGGAGGUGAUGUCAGCCGUGUGGCUGCAGGGCCUGGACCUGAGUUACCUGAGGGAGCAGUCCAUGGGGGAGCCGCUGAUGAGGGAGGUGAUCCGAGAGUUCUGUCAGAAGGCUCUGACGGACGGCCCGCUGCAGGGCGAGGCCUUGCUCGCCGCCUUCAAGCCCAGAGGUUACUCAGAGUGUAUCGUCAUCGCAGGUGGAGAAGAUCGCAGAACCAAGAAACCGACCUCUGCAACUCGCUGCAUGUGUCCGCUCUACGACACCAACAGGCAGGCUUGGAUUGAGCUGCAGCCGAUGAGCGUCGCUCGGAUCGGCCAUGGGGCGGUGGCUGCCGAGGGCUUUCUGUUCGUGAUGGGUGGAACCGACGAGAACCACAUGGUUCUGGACGGAGUCGAGAAAUACGACUCGGAGUCCAACUCCUGGAGCCCCGUACCCCCCAUGCUGCAGGCUCGUAAGAACUUUGGUGUGGUGGAGCUGGACGGUCUGGUCUAUGUCCUGGGAGGAGAGAACAACAUUGCGGCGCUGACCACGGUGGAAGUUUUUGACCCACAUUUCAACACCUGGAAGACGCAGACGAGCAUGACGAUGAUCCGCAAGGUGGGCUGCUACGCCUCCAUGAAUAAGAAGAUCUACGCCAUCGGUGGGGGCUCCGAUGGAAAGCUGUUUGACUCCGUCGAAUCCUUCGACCCUAAAACCCAGCAGUGGACGGGCCUGUGUCCUCUAAAGGAGCGAAGGUUCGGGUCGGUGGCGUGCGGCAUCGGUCAGGAGCUCUAUGUGUUCGGUGGAGUCCGGAGCCAAGAGAGCGAAAACCCCGAACAAAGAAAUAUGAUGACCUGCAAGUCUGAGUUCUACCACGAUGAGAUCAGAAGGUGGAUGCUGCUGGAUGACCAGACCCUCUGCAUCCCGACCAGCUCGUCCUUCGUCUACGGCGCCGUCCCCAUCGGAGCCAGCAUCUAUGUGGUGGGAGACCUGGACACGGGAACGAGCUUCGAUUACAUCCGGGAGUUUGGCCGCCACACGGGGCGGUGGCAGCGCACCAAGCUCAUGCUGACCUCUGACCUGUCCAGAACGGCCUGCGCCGCCCUGCGGAUCGCCAACUGCCGGCUGUUCCGCCUGCAGCUGAACCAGGGCAUGUUCCGGAUCAGGGUCUGAGGCUGGGCCCGGCGCCGCUGUGAGGCCUGACCGGACAGGUUCAUCUCUGAAACGGGUCGGCCGUGUUUGUUUCGUCUCAGAACCUGUUUCGUAUUUAACCGGGACUUGGCGUUUUGUGCUGGAGGACAGGUUUUAUUUUGAAUUCUUCCUCAGAGAUUCGAUUCAGACUUCGUUUUAAUUUCUAAAAGAUAAAAACGUUUGAGAGGAGAUCGUCUAAAAAUAUUCUGCU